AGCUCCUUAUUUGCAAACAAGCAAUAGGCUUGUGGUAUGCAGGAAGGGACUGGUCUGUGCUGAUCUGGACUGGGGGGGUUGUAGAUCACUCCUCCCUUAUGACUAGUGAAGCCAGGAAGCUCCAAGCCACUUUGUGUUUUUUUUUGUUGUUGCUGAAGGUUUUCCAGGACAUGUUUGCAAGAGACUUUCUCCAUGACUAGUGCUGCUGCUGCCCAGCUGCACCCAAGGUGCUGCACUUCCUGCAUGGUGCUGGCAGAGGGCAAAGCAGGAAAUCGCCUGCCCAAGUGACAUGAAGAAGGGAAAAAGUUUUAUUGGAGACUGUGUUGUGUGUCUGCUGGAAAUCAGUGGGAUCUGACCUGCCCUGCCUGGUGGAGCUGCUCUUCUGGUUUAAGAAGCCAUAGAUCAAGCUGAUAGCAGAGGGAUUGAAGCUGUGCAUGGGGAUCUGCUGACCACACUCCUGCCAUGGGAGGCUGCAUGGGAAGACCAAGGGCUGAGAACCAGAGGGCACAGUCCAGGGCCUCUACAAACACUCGGAAGAGAGCAGGUCGCAAUGAGCCCUUGAAGAAAGAGCGUCCAAGAUGGAAGAGCGACUACCCGAUGACGGACGGUCAGCUGCGCAGUAAGCGGGAUGAGUUCUGGGACACCGCACCAGCGUUUGAGGGGCGUAAGGAAAUCUGGGAUGCACUGAAAGCUGCCGCUUAUGCGGUGGAAGCCAACGAACACGAAUUGGCGCAGGCUAUUGUAGAUGGAGCCAGUAUUACUUUACCUCAUGGUUCUUUAACAGAAUGUUACGAUGAACUUGGAACACGGUACCAGCUGCCGGUGUACUGCCUGGCUCCUCCCGUGAACCUCAUCAUGGAAAAAAGUGACGAUGACGGCACAGAUGCCCCCGAACCAGCCUCUAACAAUAGACGGGAAUUCCAGCUCAAGGUCCGUCUUUCCACUGGAAAGGACGUUAAGCUCAACGCAAGCAUGACGGACACUAUAGGCCAAUUGAAGAAGCAACUACAUUCCGUGGAUGGUAUUGAACCUUGUAGGCAGCGAUGGUUCUUCUCUGGAAAACUUCUCACGGACAGGAUGAAACUGCAAGAGACUAAGAUUCAGAAAGACUUUGUCAUACAAGUUAUUGUCAAUCAACUAGUGGAGAUCCAGAACUGAACCAAUGCAGUAAAACCCACAAAAUAUGAAUGUCUAUUAAAAUGCUGAGACUCUCGGAAGGCAAUGAAAGGCUGGCUGCUAGGUCCUUCUCUCCUUUCUCGUCUUCCCUUUCUCACUCAUGACGGUCUACUUGAGAUGUAAUGGGAAUAAGAGGGAGAGGUGACCCCCUACCCCCACCCAUUCCAAAAUGCUGCACUAUUUCUGUUUCGAUUGCACACGGGAUCCACCUCAUAAACAUAAUGUUCUAAGCUUGCUCGUAACCAUUGACCCAAUUUCUAAAGUGGCACAGGACAAUAGGGUGGGUAUUUUAGUGUGUAGUACCUUGGAUGGUCAGUAUAUCAGCAAUACUGCAACAAAGAUUAUAGGUUAAGUUGUUGAGUUUUAUUCAAAUUUUUAAGAAAAAUGUACCUGCAAUUGCACCCAAAAGAAGAAGAAGAAGAAAAAAACACCAGUAAACCUAGUCCCUGAGAUGUCCUAGUCCCUGAAGGUGUUACGAUGCCAGACACGGGUUGGCAUCUUGCUGUCCUGGACUCUUGAAGUCUAGGAUUGAAGCAUUGAAUUAUGUCUGUAUGCUUGAAAGAGUUGACGAACAACCAAUGUGAUGGCCGAUUUGGUUUCCACCCAACUGUCCCCAGAACCUGUGACGUUGUCUAGAAUUAUAAAAACCAUGUCCGCUUUUUUUUUUUAUUACACUGCUACACAUGACCACUGGUUGUGUGUGGUACUGCAUCUCAUUCUCGUCCAAGGUGCGUGACUACAAUACCAGGCACAACCUUAGGUAUGUUUUUCUAAUCCUGUACAUCUCGAAUAAACAGGACAAUUUGGUGUCUUCUAUUCACUGGUGAUCUUUUAUUUUAUUUUUAGGGUGAAGUGCUUGUUAAAAAUUUUUGGGCAUAUUUUUUUUUUUUAUAUAAUCGUAGUUGCCAAGCAUCUACUUUUAAUGUGUUUUUUUUGUUUUUUAAAUUCAAAUAAUGGGACAAACCAUGAAGCCUCUUUUGAUACGCCUCCUAACACAAUUAUGUAAAAUCUUGUUUACAACAAUGUUGGAGCCAAGUCCAUAUUUAACAGAUUUCUUUUAUUUCUUUUUCUUUAUUUUAAUUUCUUCCAUCUUGUGUGAUCUUUCAUAAGGUGGAGAGUUCGCCCAUAGACAACGAAUGUUUCACUGAACAUGUUGUGCCUAAUAAAAACCCUGACUGUUUUUAUUUAAUAAU